AUGCGUAAUUACAUGGCAGCAGGAUGGUUUUACUCGCCAAAACAGAUCGGGCGUUACUUGUUGACGAGGCCGACAAGUCUCAAGCCUCCCAGAACUCGACUUCGCAACCCAUACCACAUAUUGAAAGAGCUUGACAAACACCAGUGGCUUAUGUUCCUGGUAGGCUUCAUAGGUUGGACUUGGGAUGCUUUCGAUUUCUUCACAGUCAGCCUCUGCGUCACCGAAAUCGCCGAAGAUUUUGGCGUUGCAAACUCUCAAGUCUCCUGGGGCAUGACUGUCACCUUGAUGCUGCGCUCUGUUGGUGCUUUGAUCUUCGGGACAGUUUCUGACCGAUAUGGAAGAAAAUGGCCAAUGAUCAUUAACCUCGGCCUCUUCAUUGUUUUCGAAUUGGCCUCUGGGUUCUGCAACACGUUGCCACAAUUUCUCGGUGUCCGCUCACUGUACGGUAUUGCCAUGGGAGGUUUGUUCGGCCCGGCCGCUGCAACAGCGCUCGAAGAUCUCCCAUAUGAUGCUCGAGGGUUUCUGUCUGGUCUUUUCCAACAGGGGUACGCUCUAGGAUAUCUUCUCGCCUCCGUCUUUUAUCGGGCUCUGGUUCCGACCACCUCCCAUGGGUGGAGAUCGCUGUUCUGGUUCGGUUCUGUUCCACCCGUAUUCAUUAUCAUUUUUAGAUUGGCUCUUCCAGAAACAAACGCAUUCCAAGUCAUGGCUGCCGAGCGAGAGGCUCAACUCAUUGCUGAAAAGUCAGGUGAUGACAGCUCAAGUGGACACAUCAAAGACGCAGGUUUGAGAGCUUGGGCCAAAGAUGCCGGAGUCGGGCUGAAGAUGAAUUGGGUUCUGCUAUGUUAUAUGGUUGUCUUGAUGACAGGUUUCAACAGUUGCAGCCAUGGAUCGCAAGACUUCUUUCCAACAUUCCUUAAAAAUCAGGUUGAACUCGGUCCGACGGAUGUGACGGUGAUCUCAGUUGUCGGCCAGCUGGGUGCACUGCUAGGAGGUACCAUGCUGGGCUACCUUAGUACCUUCACGGGCAGGAGGCUCAUCAUGAUGACUGCUUGCGUCUGUGGUGGAGCAAUUGUCCCUGCAUAUAUUCUCCCUCGAAGUAUGGUACUGGUAGCCUCGGCAUUCUUCCUACAAUUUUUUGUAGGCGGUGUCUGGGGGCCGAUUCCAAUUCAUCUCCAAGAGUUGGCUCCACCAGCCUUGCGAACGACAGUAGUCGGAGUUACGUAUCAGCUAGGUAACCUGGCAUCUUCAGCUUCUGCCACAAUCCAAUCUGUCAUUGGAGAGCGAUACCCACUUCCUCCCAAAGAUGGCGUCAAGCGAUUUGAUUAUGGGAAAGUUAUCGGCAUUUUCAUGGGGGCUGUGUGGGCAUACCAAUUGUUGUUCCUCUUCCUCGGCCCAGAAAUGAGUGAGGAGGAGAGAGCAGAGUAUGCUUACCAUGCAAACGAGUUGGAAAGACAGCGAAAGGCAGGUCAUAGUUUGAAGGACAUUGGUGUCGAGCGUGUUAAAUCACGACAGAUGGGGAACGAAAAGGCCGCUGAUUCUCCAACCAACAUGGCUGGCACCGAGCAUCUCGAGAGCGCAUGA